AUGUCGUCGCAUACGCUGGAGCCUCCAGGAGCCGGGUUGUUUCACGAGACCCUGUGCUCGAUGGCGGGAGGCAGCUUGGACAAGACCUUCUACCUGGGCAGGACUAUCACAAAAGAUCCGGGGGAUAUGUCAGCUAGACCAGCAAUGGAGGAUCCGGAAGAAUUGCGUGGUGCACUCGACCAGUUCUUCGAACAUUUUCACAAGCAUAUCUUUCAUCCAGUGGUGCAUCGGCUGGAAGCUUUGGCAACUCGAGAGGACGCUUCCUACCUGCAGAAGGAUGGAGUGCAGAUGCAAUACAAUGCUGCGGGAUGA